AUGUUGCAACCCAGACUUCUGGCGCCCAUGAGGGCGCUGGAGCGAGUCAUCACUCCAUCCAUUCGAUCAUCUUCAGCUGCAAUCCGCCCUCAGUCCAUCUUCCCGCGCUCUCUCACCGCGCCACUCUCCGUUCCUAAGACGACACCAACCAUUCCACGCACACUCCUUCCGUUCUCACAAGUCCGUUUCGCUUCCCACGCUUCCCAAGGAACGGCCAAUCGACACUCCCGUGAUCCAGCUGGGAAGCGUUUAGGAGCCAAGCGCACAGGUGGUGAAUAUGUUGUUCCCGGCUGUAUCAUCUUCCGCCAACGUGGAUCAUUGUGGUUCCCCGGCGACAACUGUGCUAUGGGCCGCGAUCACACCAUCUACGCAACUCAAGCCGGCUAUGUCCGGUACUACCUGGACCCGGAACGUCACCCUGAUCGCCGGUACAUCGGCGUAGUCUUUGACAAGGACGAGAAGCUCCCACGCCCACGCAACGCGCCCAGCCGACGCAGGUUGAACAUGACCACAAUCCCACGAGCCGAGCCGGUCGAAUUUCAAUCUGACUUGGUCGCCUCCAUUGAUGAGAAUGGUACUCAAGUCGGCAGCAUCGAGGCGGUCAAGGCCGAGUCUGGUCCUCAGUUGCGGCCUGGUUAUAUGUACCGCGAAGCCAACUGGGUUAUUGGUCGUGCUGCCGAGAAAGCUGGAAUUGUCGCACCCUCUUACAACCGCAGGGACCGAUGGCUAGCGUGGAGGAAGAGACAGGCGCGUGCUGAGCGGGCUGCCCAAAUGAAGAGUCUGAAGGGCAAGAAGAAGUCUUCAAAGAAGGCCAAAUAA